AUGGCUGUCCACAGAAUGGCACCGAAAGCAAGGAUUUUAUGUUAUUAUGUGAGAGAAGACAACGAGGAAGUGGUGGCCGACGCCAUGGACUUCGAAGUGGACGGACUGUUCAGAACUGACGUGUCGAUCGACACCGACCUUAAUAAGGCAGAGCCUGGAGCACAGGUAGCUGUGAGAGUGAAUACAAAGCCGGACGCUUGGGUGGGUAUAGUAGGUGUCGAUCAGAGCGUACUUUUGCUGAAAUCAGGUAAUGAUAUGACGCGCGAAGCCGUGAUCCAAGAGUUACAGACAUACGACACAACAUUUACAGACAAUUACUGGGAUGGCUACACAUCCAAUGCCCAAAAACUAUUCAAUUUUUCGGGUGUUGUGGUCAUAUCUAAUGGUCUCGUUUAUAAAGACUAUGAGCACAAUCCCCGACACAAUCACCUCGUGGUUCAUCAGCGCAUUCGCUAUGCAUAUGGAGACUGGUCUGGGCAUUGCACCCACACCUACGAAAAAUUCUUUAGGAGUAAUGGUUGCGCUGUUAUCAAGAGCACAAUCCCCGACACAAUCACCUCGUGGUUCAUCAGCUCAUUCGCUAUGCAUAUGGAGACUGGUCUGGGCAUUGCACCCACACCUACGAAGGUCACAGUUUUCCGACCGUUUUUCAUCAAACUAUCGCUGCCUUACUCUAUAAUAAGAGGCGAAAAGGUAGCCAUUGAGGCCAUUGUCUUCAAUUACACCACAAAACCAAUUCAAUCGGAAGUAGUAUUUGAUAACAAAAAGCAAGAGUUUGAGUUUAGCGACCAAUUGGACAUAAAAGGCGUGAAUGCCUCUGAAAAGAGACAAUUGGUGUCAAUCCCUGCCAACGAUGGCGUUUCGGUCACAUUCUUAAUAACACCAAAAACUAUGGGUUAUAUUAACAUCAAACUGACGGCUAACUCAGCCAUGGCUGGAGACUCUGUGCUGAGGAAACUACUGGUGAAACCCGAGGGUCAGACACAACACUUUAAUCAAUCAGUUCUCGUGGAUCUCAAAGAAUCGGCGAAU